ACUCCAUCGCUUUCCGUUAGUCCAGGAAGUAUUUGUGUUUGUGUUUAGUUGCGCAGUUUUGCGCCGCUGGUUCGCACAUUUACUGCACAACGUGGACUAAAUUAACGUGUAAAAAUGUCCGGGGGAACCCGCUUGGAGAACGCGAACCCGGUGAUCUUCCAGCGGGCAGGCGAGAGGCUGCUGACGGCGACCGAUGAGGAUGAAGACGUCCAUGACCCCAUCGACGACAGAGAAAUAUUCGAUCUGAUCAGAUCCAUCAAUGACCCAGAGCAUCCUCUGUCUCUGGAGGAACUCAAUGUCGUGGAGCAAGUCCGAGUCAAGGUUAACGAUGCAGAGAGCACUGUGGGUAUUGAGUUCACCCCCACCAUCCCCCACUGCAGCAUGGCAACACUCAUUGGCCUGUCAAUCAAAGUCAAGCUGCUGCGCUCCCUGCCAGACAGAUUCAAAAUUGAUGUCCACAUCACUCCCGGGACUCACGCCUCAGAGGAAGCAGUGAACAAACAGCUGGCAGACAAAGAGAGAGUGGCAGCCGCUCUGGAGAACUCAUCGCUGCUGGAGGUGGUCAACCAGUGCCUCUCAACCAGGAACAUCUGAGCAGCCAGUCUGCUUUGUCAUCUUCUGCUGUCAGUCGCAGCACAAUUCUUUGCUCAGCCAAUCGUGUUUGACUUUUUCUUUGAAAGCUGAGAUUUGUCUGCACCCAUCUGUCAUUAAUCCAGGUGUGAAUUGUCUCAACUGGUGCUGGCAGUGAAAUAAAGUCAGUUUCAUAGUUAAGAGUUGAAUGUGUCCACCUGAAGAGGGCAGUAGAAACUGUUACACAUAAUACAGAAUAGUUCGGACAAAGUAAAAAAAAAUAUGAUGAAUCAGCGUGGAAAAGUCGAGACUUUCUGCCUGUCAGAUCAUUCAGUCUAAUUCCAGUUUUAAUUUUUUUUUAUUAAAUUUGUAUUGUAACAUGCAAAGCAUUAUGUUACCAACAGUAUUUGAACUCACCAUCUGCAGAGAGUCUGCAGUAUCAAUCCUCAUUUGUAUAUAACAUUAAUGCUUUGGACAUUUUAUUAAAAAUGCACAGAUCUAUAAUUAAAAAAUGAAGAUAGU